CCAAAGGCAUGUUUCUGUUAGCAAGGAUGUGGUCACAGGCAAAACCUCUGAAAACAGAAGUACGACUAUCUACAGUUUUCUUCAUUAAAAGGAAAGUAUCUCUUAUGAGACAAUUGUCAUCCUGAUUUACUUCAUGAGUGUAUGUACCACGGAAGACUACCACCAUCAUUUUCAUAAAUUAUACUUUGAAGUGAUCAGCGAAGUUUCACUAUGACGAACUGCUCAACUAAAGAAGUGGACACUUUAACGAAGAAGCUGGACUUGAUCAUUUACGUGCCCGUCUUGGUGUUCGGCUUGGCAUUAAACAUUGCAGCACUGUUGGUGUUCUGUCGGCUGCUCAGAAAAUGGACAGAGUCCUCCAUCUACAUGACCAACCUGGCUCUGAUGGACCUUCUGUUGCUGCUGCAGCUGCCCUUCAAAAUGCACGCAGCACACCACGAGUGGGCAGAAGACAAGAAAAUACUUUGCUCCUUCCUGGAAAGUCUUUACUUUGUUGCUAUGUAUGGUAGCAUCUACACAAUUGUGUGCAUAGCCAUAGACCGAUACAUUGCAAUAAACCACCCAUUUCGAGCCAAGCAGAUGCGUUCGAAAAAAAACGCCUUGAUUGUUUGCAUUUCCAUCUGGGUGUUCGUUACGGCAGCGACUUCACCCAUCUACACCUUCCGGGAAUGGGAGAGAACGGGGGAGCAUUUCAAAUGUUUCCAUGGCUUCUCUAAGAAGGGUUGGAGCACUGCAAUAAUUGUGUGCCUGGAGGUCUUUGGUUUCCUGUUACCUGCUGCGGUACUGGUGGUGUGUUCCAUUCAGAGCGUCCGUACUCUCAAAGCCUCAAAGAACAGUGACCACAAGAGGCAAGCAGGUGUGAGAAUCAUCUACAGCAGCCUAGCGGCCUUCCUAGUGCCCUUCACCCCCUGUCACGUGGCCAUAUUGCUGCAGUAUCUUGUCCGUAAUGAAAUCAUUUUAGACUGCAAACAGCAAAAGAACAUCGCCCUGUUUAUACAGGUGUCGAUAAACAUUGCAAACGUGACCUGUUGCUUGGAUGCACUGUGUUAUUAUUUCAUUGCAAAGGAAGUACGAUCCACCAAGGACACGCUUAGACUGUCCAUCAGCAGAGCAAGAACCACCAGCUCCUCAGAUGUUUGAGAGGGCGAAUUAAGUUUAUUAGACUUUCACAAUGUGUGUUAAUGGCUUUCAAGUGGAAGCAAAGUUGUGGUCACACUAUUGAAAUAUUAACA